AUGGAUGAUAAUCACUACCUCACCACGUAUGAGGCUGCUUUGGCUGUUGUGGCUACGGGGAUGAAAAAGGCGCGACUAAAACCAGACACAUUGGUAAUCAAUGCAAUUAUCGGCGCCAUGUUAUUCUCAGUUGGCGGGAUGUUAAAUCUAGUUGUCCAUUCAGUGUUUCCAGGAAUCAAGGAAAACAAUCCUGGGCUUCUUCGACUUUUACAAGGAUCAUUUUAUCCUAUAGGUCUAUUUUACGUUGUGGUUAUGGGUGCAGAAUUAUUCAACGCAAAUGUGCUCUUUUUCACGGUUGCCUUGUGUCGGCGAGGAAUUUCAGUUUUAGACUUAUUGAUCAAUUGGUUCAUUACAUGGUGGUUUAAUCUUGUGGGGAAUAUUUUUGUGGGAUACAUCAUUAGUCAUUUUUCAAAUACUACUUCAAGUGAUGCAUUCAUUGAAGGAUCACACGAGCUUCUAGCAUCAAAAAUGGAGUAUUCAUUUGUGCAAAAUUUGAUCAAAGGUAUGGCAGGAAACUUUUUUGUGUGUAUGGCCAUUCAUUUACAGAUAAUGGCCAAACCGUUACAUGUUAAAUUUCUCAUGCUUUAUUUGCCAAUAUUGACAUUCAUUUCCUUAGAUUUUACUCAUUGCGUGGCAGACAUGUACAUUGUAAUCAUUGGCAAGAUCAACCACUCACCUGCACCUUGGGGCGAAAUUUGUUGGAAACUUCUUUUGCCAGGCACAAUAGGAAAUAUUAUUGGUGGAGUUUUCUUCGGAAUUGUAAUUUGCUGGUACAUGCACAUUUAUGUGGUUGAACGAGACAAGAAGGAAUUGAACCUACCAAUUUAUGAAUUCAGAGAUCAACAACCUGAGUUGAUGCAAGAUUCAAGAGUUGUACGACAAAAAGACCCCAUAUAUCACGAUGAUGUUGAGGCCAAAGAAGAUGCAAAGGAGAAGAACUCGAUCUCCAACUCCAAUGACUCUAGUGGAUCUGAAGUGUUGGAAACACAAUCAAACUUUGAGCCCAGACCAUUCCUCGCAUCUCAUGCUUCUGCAAUAUCAAGACUUAGUAACAGACGGAAGAACUCGUUGUCUUCCGUCCGGUCACCUAGAAAUGUUUUCCCCGUCUACGGUAUGGAAGAACCCUUGACUAGAGAACGCACAAUUGCCGGCGAUCGUGCGCAUGCUGGUGAGGUUACCGAUGAAGCUAAUGACGACAAUGAUGAUGACGAUGCUAAUGAAGCUCGUUCCAUUGGUUCACAGUUGGUGCGUAUUUUUACAACAAGAUCCAGAAAGGACACCUCCAAUGAUUGUUAG